AUGGUGGAAACAGAAUCCGAGAAGCCUCCACAGGGAGAUAAUAUCCAUGCCAAUGACGAGGAAGAUGGAGAAUACAUCACAGGAUUCAAGCUGUGGGCGAUUUUGAUUUCGGGAACUCUUGUCCAGUUUGUUAUGAUGCUGGAUCAAUCUAUUAUUGCUACGGUAUAUAUCCAGACUCCAAUGGUUGUCAGAGUAUGGUGGCAUACUAAACAUCUUUCAGGCCGUUCCGUAUAUCACGGAUGA